AUGUUGAUUGGGAUAUCUGGGACACCAGCGUCGGGAAAGUCAGAGGUUGUGAGGUACUUGACGUUCCAGGGAUUCCAGACAAUCGACUACAAGAGAAGCUCAGGCGAGGAUGGGAAAGCUGCUGACAGGCAUGCGUCGACGGUGUUCGAGACGUUUGAAGAGCUUUCUGAUUUUGUUACAAAGUGCUGGAAUAACAACUACGUGUUGAACAACAUCUGCGAUUUGGAUAUAUUGGAGACGUUGAAAAUCAAGCCAUUUUUCUUGCACAUCUCGAUUGACUCCCCAAUGCUGCUCAGGUAUGAGAGGUAUAUCGAAAAGUAUUCGUUGAAUAAAGAAGAGUUCAAAAUCGAGGAUUUUGUCAGGUUGACGGAUGAGUUCUUAUACUUGAAUUCCCACAUCAGUGUGAUCUCUGCUGCUGUCAUCAAAAUCAUCAACAACAAGAGCCUGAUUGAGGACUUGUAUGUGACGCUCUCGAGGUUGGAUUUGAUGGACCUCACGAGAUUACGGCCCAGCUGGGACUCGUACUUCAUGCGACUCGCCGACCUCGCUGCCUUCCGAAGCAACUGCAUGAAACGACGUGUUGGGUGUGUGAUUGUGCGAGACAACCGAGUGAUUGCGACGGGCUACAACGGCACACCCCGCGGGUUCGCCAACUGCAACGAGGGCGGCUGCGGCAGAUGCAACGGCAGCAGCACGGGAAGCGGCGCGGGCCUCGCGACGUGUUUGUGCUUGCACGCUGAGGAAAACGCGUUGUUAGAGAGCGGCAAGGAUCGCAUCGGCAGUGGAAGCAUUCUCUACUGCAACACCUGCCCGUGUCUCACGUGCUCCAUCAAGAUUGCGCAGAUCGGCAUUUGCGAGGUGGUCUUCUCGCAGCGGUAUCUGAUGGACGACCUCUCCUCGUCGGUCUUGCGCACGGCGGGCAUCCGCAUCCGGCAGUUUGUGCCCGCGCAGGAGGGCGUGGUUGUGAUCUGA